AUGACAAGCAUGGCUCUAUUUCAAAUAAUCAAUCUAAAUAUCUUUUCAACUCCAUUUGCCAUAGCACAAGCUUAUUUUCUUGGCAGUGCCAAUUGGAACAAGGAUGCCUAUCGUCAAGCACAAGAACAAUUUGCUCAACUUUUCUUUAAUGUCGCAUUAUCUGGCAUCUAUGCAGGCUCCUUUUAUUGCUAUUGUGCAGCUUCGAAACGAUACAGACAACAAGUUUUGGAUGCCUUAAAGAAGAUAUUCAGAUGCAGAAAUCAAGAAAGAAAUCGCGUCGUACCAUUUAGAGAGACUUUUCGUUUAACAACAACAUUUCAACGUCGAACAACAACCGUUCAUUGA